CCGUGAAGGGAGAUUUGACCAGCAACCCUCCGACGACCACCACCCGGCUCGAUCCCCAUCCGUCACCAUGGCGAUCAAGCACAACAACCAAAUCCAGAAGAACCACUUCCGCAAGGAUUGGCAGCGUCGUGUGCGUGUGCACUUCGACCAGCCCGGCCGCAAGCACCGCAGACGUGAGGCCCGUAUCGCCAAGGCCGCUGCCGUUGCUCCUCGCCCCGUCGACAAGCUGCGUCCCGUUGUCCGGUGCCCUACCGUCAAGUACAACCGCCGUGUCCGUGCCGGCCGUGGUUUCACCCUCGCUGAGCUGAAGGAGGCCGGUAUUCCCAAGAAGCUUGCUUCCACCGUCGGUAUCUCGGUCGACCACCGCCGCACCAACUACUCCAAGGAGUCCCUGGUUGACAACGUCGCCCGCCUGAAGGACUACAAGGCUCGCCUGAUCCUCUUCCCCCGCAAGAGCGGUCAGUUCAAGAAGCUCGACUCUUCCGCCGAGGAGGUCAAGGCCGCCAAGGCCGGUGAGGGUAUCGCCAAGUCCGUCGGCGCUUCCUUCCCCAUCGUCAACGCUGCUCUUGAGGCCGCCGUCUCCGAGGUCAGCCGUGACUCCCUCCCCAAGGGUGAGGAGGCUGCUUACCGCCGUCUCCGUGACGCCCGCGCCGAGGCCCGCCACCGCGGCAAGCGCGAGAAGCGUGCCCGCGUCGCUGCUGAGGAGGAGCAGGCUGCCAAGAAAUAAAUGUGUUAAUUUUCUGCUCGUGCUGAUGAUGAUGAUCGGGUCGGUUUUCGGAUCUGGGAUGAGUGUACUGUGGCAUGGCGUGGCGCCUCUUCCUUUUCUCCUUUCAAACUGAAUCCCUCUCUUAACCCUCUUCCUCCUCCAACCCCCCCCCCCUUCUUACCCCCCAUCCUUUUUUUGUCUCUAAAAAGAAAGAACUCGGAAGAUCCUCUCGAAAUGCAAAACCGCCCAAUUUUCUUCAAAUUAUUUUUCUGCUUCUCUCGAUCGGCUGUCUGGUUGUCUGGUGUUGAUGUUUGGGCUGGGCACUGGUUCGCAUCAACUCAGAAAGUACGGUCGUUCCCUUUUUGUAUAUGGGGCUGUUUCUUCCGACAAGGCUUAAGGGGCGACUAGGCGAGGUACGAAAACACUAUAUGAG